AUGGUUCCCGGAAAGGUGACAGCAACACUUCUGCUUCUGUACAUGGUAGCCAUGCUGGCUAAACAGAGUGAAGGUUUCAUCUCCUUCUACAGUCAUGGAGACUUCGAAAGGAUGAAGGAAAGAGAGAGGAACCAAGGGCAAAAGGAAUCCCUGACCUUGCAGAAGCGAUCAGACACAAGAGGUUUUGCCAGGCUUUCAGAAGAUGAAGGGCAAGUCAUCAAGCUGAUUGCUCCUGUAGAAAUUGGAAUACAUCUGAACUCCAAACAGCUGGAAAAAUACCAAGAUGUCCUGGAGGAACUCCUAACGGAGAUGUUGCCAGACACUCAGAAUGUUAAUUGAUGUUCUCAGAAUCAGAAGAAAAAAGCGAGACACUUCCUGAAAAUUCACUUAGAGGAUCAUCUGUCUAUAAGGCACUUG